AUGGUGAAACCAUCGUCUCCCACACCUCAACAUCUUCGUCAUUACCAUCUCUCCUUCAUCGACCAGAUAACUCCCCAAAUCAACAAUUCUAUGGUCUACUUCUUCAAUGCCGAUGAUGUCACAGACAAAUUUAACAUCAACGAAGCUUCCGAUGUUCUCAAGAAAUCAUUAUCUCAAGUCUUAACCCACUACUACCCACUCGCCGGAAGACUCAUAACCAACAACUUAGUCGUAGACUGCAACGACGAGGGUGUCCCUUACGUAGAAACCAGAGUCAGGUGCCACCUCAGCACCGUCAUCGGCAACCCGUCUCCGGCCGACGUCAGCAAACUGCUUCCCUACGACAUGGAUGAAAUCGUCGAUACAGUCCUAGGUGUCCAAUUCAAUGUCUUCGAUUGCGGCGGAAUAGCCGUCGGUGUAAGCCUCUCCCAUAAGAUCGCCGACGCGCUGUCGUAUUUUGAGUUCAUCAAGAGCUGGGCAGCCAUGACACGCGGCGAAUCACAGCCAAUAAAAACCCACUUUCAAUCUUCCUCACUCUUCCCGACAAAAGACUUGUUAGGAUACGACCCGAAUUCACACAUCGGAAACCACAAAAUCGUGGGAAAGCGGUUCGUAUUUGAAGCAUCGGUAAUAGAAUCUCUGAGAACAAAAUAUUCAAGAAAGGUCAUUGAAGAAGGCCUAAAACCUCCUUCAAGACUAGAAGUGUUAUCAACUUUCUUAUUGAACCGGUUUAUUGCUUCAACUAAAGAAGAAGGGGACAAGAAAAAGAUUGACAUGGUGACAUCCACAGUGAAUCUACGCACAAGAAUGGAUCCUCCAUUGCCAGAAUAUGCGUUCGGGAACUAUUACUGGUAUGUUCAAAUGUUUUCAACGUUAGAUGAGAAAGGAGAGAACAACGACGACUUGGGAAGACAGUUAAAAGAAGAGAUAAACAAAGUGGACAGCGAUUUUAUUGUGAAGCUUCGGGAAAGCAAAGAAUGGAAUCCUAAUAGAGAAGAUAUGGCUAAAGCUAUUGAGAAGGGUGAGUUGGUGCCUGUUACCUUCACUUCACUGUGUAGGUUUCCCGUGUACGAGGUUGAUUUUGCAUGGGGUAAUCCUACGUGGACAGGACCGCCUACGUGGAAAUUCAAGAAUGUAAUUGUUUUUAAAGACACCAAGUCAGGUGGAGGCAUUGAGGCGUACGUCAACUUGACGAAGGAUGACAUGGCUAAAUUUGAACGUGAUGAGGAGCUUCUUGCUCACGUUUCUACAAAGGGGUUGAAAUAA